UCCCCAUAGUCCCCCACCCAAAACCCAAUCGAAAGCCCAAUUCCAUCCUAAUCGCCGACCCUGCCUGGGCGCGAUGAGUCACUCCGUCAUGUUCUCCGGCAAUGGCGAGGUGGACGCCUGCGUAGGUGAUGCCUCCGGCAUUGGCGAGGAGCAAGUCUGCGUGGGCGAGACCUCCGUUAAGGGCGAUGACGACGCCUGCAAGGGCGAGGCCUCCGUCGUGCUCUCCGGCAAGAGCAGGAACGCCGUCAAGCGCAGAGGUACGGCGGAGUAUCCCUGCGUGAAGCGGCUCCGCGAGCGGCGCCUCCUCUCCUUCCUGCACGACCAAGGCUUCCACGGCGCCUUCCAAGCGCUGGUCGACAAGACUCCGGUGAUCUUCAGAGUGCCGCACAUACGGCUGCUGGUCGAGCAAGGCCGGUGGGCGGACGCCCUCAGGUACCUCAACGCCUACCUGCCGCCGCUCGUCGAGAAUCACACGAGGAGCCGCCGCGCCCAGAUCUUCUAUAACUUCCUAUGGAUGCACUACCGCUUCGCCAACGCCGUCGCCGGCAACAGGGAAAACCAGGAGUACCUGGAAAGGCGUUACGGAAAGAACUCGAGGAGCUCCACCCUCGCCGAGCUCAGGUUCCGUCGUAUCGCCUACACCAUACUUGCCUCAGAGCCCCACCAGCUCGUGGCCACCUACGACUGGAACCAAGUGAGGCAGCACGCCUCGUUUCUAGUCGACUAUCUGGCCAACACAACGCCAGAGCUCAGACGCUCAAUGCCAUUGACGUCCCGCUACAUGAUGCCGCAGCAUGUACUUCCAAUUGGAUCCGGCCGUUUGCACUGGAGGGGGCAUCGCCUAGUGAAGAAACAAGGUCCCAAGAAGCCAGACACAGAAGCUAUCCUAGUGGCCUUGAAGAGGAAAAUGCAUGGUUGA